AUGGCUCCUUCUGAUCGUCUCAAUCAGGUGAACAAGCACCUUAAUUUCCCUGCCGGUCUUCUUGCUGGCCAGGUGGCCAUCAUCACUGGUGCAGGUCAGGGUAUUGGCGCAGAGGCAGCUCGGCUGUUUGCCAACGAGGGUGCCAAGGUGAUCGUCGCUGACAUUGAUGCUGCAAAGGCCAAUGCGGUCGCGGAUGCCAUCAACGCUGCCGAGCAAGGACGAGCCCUCGCUGUAGCUGGGGAUGUCCUUGACUCCAACUAUAUCAAAGAGCUUGUAAAGCGUGCUGCUGAAUUCGGCGGCGGCAAGAUCCACAUCAUAGUCAACAACGCCGGAUUCACCUGGGACGGUGUGAUCCACAAGAUGACAGAUAAGCAAUGGGACACCAUGCUGGCUGUGCACAACACUGCGCCCUUCCGACUCGUGCGCGAGGCCGCGCCAUACUUCCGUGUCAAGGAUAAGGAGCCGCGGGUGAUUAUCAACAUCAGCAGUACCAGCGGUGUCCAUGGCAAUGCGGGCCAGGCCAACUACGCCGUUGCCAAAGCCGGUGUUGUAGGAUUGACUCGCACCAUCGCGAAGGAAUGGGGUCCAGCCUUUGGCGUGCGUUCGAACACUAUUGCAUUUGGGUUCGUCAAGACUCGCUUGACCGCUGCUAAGGAGGCGGGCGCCUUCAUCACUACUCCUGACGGAACUAAGGUUGCCCUCGGAAUCCCCGGGAAGCAACUCACAGCCAGGGCUGGUGGCCAGGAAGCUAAGGUGGAAAGCUACCCUGAUAUCCCGCUGGGACGACCGGCGACGCCCGAAGAAGCAGCCCGGUCUAUUCUGGGUGUUGCUAGCCCAUGGUUCUCGUACGUGAAUGGAGAGACUAUUCGGGUUACUGGAGGGCGUAAUAUGUGA